CCCGCCCCUCCCGCCGCCGCCCGGGGCAGCCGGCGCAGGGCGCGGAGCGGCGGCGGCGGGCGCGGGUUCCGCCAUGGUCGGGCGGCUUAGCCUGCGGGAGGUUCCUGACCUCCCGGACAUGAGGAAACGGGGCGACGCGGGGCUUGACAGCCCCGACUCCGGGCUGCCCCCCAGCCCUGGGCCCGCCCCCUCGCCCUGGCUUCUCUCCUCGGGCAGCCCCGACCGCGCCGCGACCAACGGGCUACCGGAGCCCGACCCGCCCGCGCCCGCCGCCGCGAAUUGCGUGUUCUCUCCCAGCCCCAUUCUCUCCAGCUGCCCUCCAAGGCUGUGUCCUUUAUCCUUUGGCGAAGGAGUUGAGUUCGACCCUUUACCACCAAAGGAAAUAAGGUACACGUCCUCGGUUAAAUAUGAGUCGGAGAAGCACUUCAUCGACGACAUCUACAUGCCAGUGGGCUUAAGCGUUUCCUCUUGCAGUCAGACGGUCAUCUGUGUCCCCAACUGCACGUGGCGCAAUUACAAAGCGGAGGUCCGCUUCGAGCCCCGUAACAAGCCCCAGCGUUUCACCAGCACCACCAUCGUCUACCCGAAGCACGCCAAGACUGUGUACACCACCACGCUGGAUUACAACUGCCGUAAGGCCGUGCGGCGGUUCCUCUCCAGCAUAGAGCUGGAAACGUCGGAGAACCUUGGGAACGACUGUGUCCUGGAUGGUUGCUGACUGACAGCUGUCUCUCUUGCUCCGAUCCAUCCCAGUCCUGUGCUAACCCUCCACUAGCUAAAGCGGGUGCAGACCCCAACUUUCCGGUCAGGCUAAGGGAACCUUACCUGUCGCCACCUCUUUCUCAGCUCUUAAUUUCUGCUUUAAGCAUCAGAGUGGCCUGAACGCAGUUUUCUAUGGGAGCAUAACUUAGUAAGGAACCUUGUUUCUUUGCCUUUGAAGUUGUGAGUUCCCUCCCCUUCCCUGCAGUGCCGUAAUCAGAUAAAAAUAAAGGGAAGUAUUUUCCCAGGCAAAAAAAAAUUGGCAGGUAAGAAAGAAUGUGGGGUGGUGCCUGGCAGGUGGAAAUCCUUUUGGUGCUUUGUGGUGAUGUGCAAAAAUAAGGGUGGUUCACUCUCCUGCAGAGAAUCUACCUGGUCAUUUGGUUACAGAUAGCCAGCUGUCACUCGUUUCAGUUUAGAUUGCGAGACUGUUUUCUCUAGAAGAACCAUCUCUUGGAAAUUGCUGGAAAAAGCUAAGAGAGAAAAAUCUGAAAUUCUGUAUUCAACAGAUACAAAAAUUUUACCCUAUGGCAUUCAUGUGUGGUUUGAAAGUUUUGAGUCAGAAAGAAGAGAGAUUCUGAGUAGAGCAGGAGAUAAACUCCUUUGCAGCUCCAGGCGGCAGAGAAGGGAUCAGGUAGUUCAAGUUCUUUAGAUGAGUGGCACGAUGUGUCUUCUGUACUUAUAAUGACUUGUAUAGCACUGCAGUCUGACACACUAGCAUUUGUGUGUGUGUGGUAGGACUUGGAAUGAAGAAUAUCAGGCCAAAAAUGAUCCCUGUAUUGUUGGAAAGUCAGGACAUGACAGUGCAGUGGUGGAAAAACACCACCAGUGUCUAGUUUUUACUGACGUCGUUCUGUCUGCACUAAGGGAGUUGUAACUGGGCAAGUUUCAGAAAAUGUGUCAUGUAUACAGGGACCUGGAGUUGAAAAGGAGAUGCUGGGAUUGGGUGGGAGACACUGUUGUAGAGGUUGUGAAGAGGUAGAUGGUGCAAGGGAUGGGCAAAUUUUUAUUGCGUAGCAAAGUCCACAGCUGCAGCUCUGCUUCUCUGUCAUUGCAAAGGUCUGUGUCCUCUCUGGAUUUAAUAUUCAGGACGUUGCUGGGAUGGGGCAGUAUUUGCCUGUCUGUAGGCUGCUGUAUAACUCCUCCAGUCCCAAGCAGCUGAUGAGUUUGGGGACCAAAGGGAAUAAUUUCAGAUCCUAUGAAAGGCCACCUGGAUGUUACAUGCAUUAAUUUGUCAUGCGCUUUGAUGAAAAUAAGACUGAGAGGUUUGUUACUUAACCCAUAUGAUUUUUUGUAUAUUGAUGGAGAGCAGUGUAGUAUGGAGAGCACCUGCUUUGGGGAACGUGGCUUACAUUGGCGGCAAGCAUGGUGUAGCAGCUCAGAAACACUUUGUAGACUUGACUUAGCUGGAUACAGCUUUUCCAUAUAUUCCAAAACUCCUCUGAGGUGCAGGUCACCUUCUGGUGCAACUUCAGCCCUGGACCUGCUUUUAAAGAGGACUUUUCUAGUGCGCAGCCUCGAGGGUGCAUUUUGUCAGGGGCAAGUUAGAAACUCUGGAGCCUGUUCUUGAGCUGUACCUAGCGUGUGUUUGUGCAAGUGUGACCAAUGGUGUGGAAGUGUAUUCUGGUGUGAACUGAAAUGAUGUGGGGGACUGAAAAUGCAGCAGGAAGGAAAGUUUGAGUUUGUGUGCUUUGGGGUUUUUUGUUGUUUUGGUUUUUUACUUAUUUAUUGGCUCAAAACAGAAUGUCCUUAAUCUUUGAUGCUUGCCUCAGAAAACCAGGGUGACAGAGGAUGCCAAAGUCAGGUGGGCGUUGCUCCAGAGUUGUUAAGAGCAGCACAGUCUUCACUGACUACAGUAUUUAGGAGAUGUGCCUUAAAUAUAUGUCGUCAUUCUCCCCUAAACAUUGCCCUAAGACAUACUUGUAUAACACAAGGCACAAAUCGUCCCCUUGGUGCGUGGGGUUUCAAAAGGACAGAAGUCUUGUUUUGGGGAGGCUAUUCUAUCACGGCGUGCUUUGCAGUUUCAUGUACCUUGCUCCUGAAGCACCUGGUGCUGGUCACUGUUGGACACAGGACGCUGGAAGAACUUGGACCCUGGAUCGCUCCGGCAAUGCUCUUCCAAUGAAUUCGUUUGCAGGAGACCUGAGAGAUUAUUUUAAGUUGUAACCAUUAAUUGUCUCUAGUUAAAUUAGAAAUUAAAUUACCCUUACACUAUGGUUUUAAGAUAAAGCGCCUAAUUUUUAUAAAGCAAACAAAACGAUGUGCCUCUUAAAAAUGUUUUAAUUGGUAGAGAUACCUUUUAAAUUAUUUAUGUUUCAACAUUUGCAAAGCUCUGAUUGGCUCUGUGCAAGUGUUCUGAUGUCUGUGACAUUUCCCACCCCCUCCCUUCUAAUUUUCAUUUUGUCUUUUACUUUAUUGGUAAUAAAUGAUUUGAAAACCA